GCUUGUCUACAAAAUUAGCACGUCAUCCUCAUGAUUAAUCAUUCUAAUAUUAGCCAAAUAUGAAUACUGUUCGUAGGAAAAUGGGGAAACCCACAACCAUUGACUAACCUAUAUAACAGCUGACUGGUAUAUAGAAGUUGACCAGUGAAAAGAAAAAGAGAGAGAAGAUGGCAAGGAACAAGGACAUCACAUUUGAUGAUGCUAUGAGAGUUGUGGAUGAGCUUGCAAGAGAAAUAAAACAUCAUAGACAUGGCCUGAACAGAGUCCAGGUGCUCAAGGCUGGCUCCCUUGGUCAGUACACAGCCAUUCCAGGCAACUUCGAUGUGGACCUAGUGGUCUACUCAGAGAGUGUGGAUCCAGACACUGUCCUGAGUGAAGGAUAUCGUACGCCUCUACACAAACUGCGAAGCUUUUUGGGAGGUCUACGGAGUGUCAUGCUUCAAACACCACUAAAAAUGUCUGUGUCACUGAAAUACAAGACAUAUGACCAGCAAGAUCGAGAGCUAUCGAUAGACGUUGACGUCUUGGUCAGCCCAAAAUGGGAGAAUCCAGCAGAUCUCUAUGACUACCUGAGGAAAGCCAAACAAGACGGAGCAAAACCUGCCCAAUUAUUUCGAUUCUCAGUGAAUGCUUCAAAAUGGCAGGUUGCAUUUAUUGAAAAGCAGGAUGAUAAAGCUAAAGAACUUAUUCGCCGUGCUAAGGCGUGGAGGAACAAAGAAUGGCCUGAGGGGAAGCUAUGUACUGGAAGGCCAAAGAGUUAUCUCAUCUCAAUUGUGGUGCUUAGAGCUUAUGAGCUGGCAUUGAAACAGCACUAUGGUGGAACUAUUGAGCAACGAACAACAGCCACUUUGAAGCAGAUAGUGAAAUCUCACCUAACAGCGGAUAUCUAUUGGGUUGACUACUACAAACCAGGGGACUACCCAGACUUGUUUCCAGCCAGGCUCCCCCGUAUCGUUGACCCUGCCAACCCGGCCAACAACCUCCACAACACAGGCAUAAUCGGAGGCAGCACCUACACCUCACACUCGUACUACGAGCAGGGAGACGGCAAUUGGACGCAGCUGGUUGGAAAAAUUGAGUCUGUCGAUUUGACCAAAACUAUUGAACAGAUACAAGCCUAAAUUACGUUUUUAAACCACCGAGCACAGACUUAGCUAUAACAAAGCACCUUUUUGUAUUGUGUAUGUUGACAUUAGCCGUACAGUCAGUUAGUGCAUGUUAACCUGACCUUUAAUUUGUUUGACCAUUUUGGUAGUGAGUUUUUUUAUCCGCA